CGCGGCCAUGGCGGAUUAGGGUUCUUGGAGCAGUGCGUGGACCGUCGAGACAAGAUGGGAGAGGAGCUUCGAUUUCACGGCUGCAUUGUCUGAUUCGAGGUGAGAGGCGCCGAAAUUUCCAGAUUGGAGUGGAUAUUUCGAGGCCGAAGCAGCCGGAGAUUUCUUCGCAUUCUUCGAUCCGGGAGAGAUUGCUACAAUGGCGAAGAGGCCGAAUUGCGAUGUGUGUGAGAUGCAACGCGCCAGCUUGUAUUGCGAGGCGGACGAGGCCUAUCUCUGCCAUGAAUGCGAUGCCUCGGUUCACGGGGCCAACACGCUGGCUUCGCGGCACAAGAGGAUCAGCUUCAAACAGGAACAGGAAGAAGAAGAGGAAGAAGAGAACUUGGAAGAGAACGAUGGCGUCUGCCCGGCUCACAAUUUCGCGGACUCGAGCUUCUCGCUGAGUAGACCGUCGACAGUAGAUUACCCCCUGGGCGGCGUGAGAAUUGGCGAUGUCACUUACGCAAGAGUUUCGUCUCACACCGGCAGUGGUGGCGCUUCCUUGAUUGCUCCAAGAAGAAAGGAGGACGAGGAGCUACACCAAGUUCCCAGAUUCGUUCCCGUGGCCCAGGAGCUCCCCAGCUUGGAACCAUUCCGGUUCCACGCUCUUGCAAGCAAUGGAAGAGCUUCUCCAGUUCGAAGUACGCGAUUCAUGAGUCUUCUGGAGGGCGAAGCCACUGAUGCUGAUGAGAACCACGGAGCUCCCGACGAGGAUGGAGCACAAGAGAAUCAAGAGCUUGGUGUUGUCCCGGACUUGGUUUCUCCACGAACUGUGGAGCCAGCGGCAGCUAAACCGGUGGCAGCACUCCCGAAAGGGGGGCCGAGGCUGGACAAAGAAAGAGAGGCGCGAGUAAACCGGUACCGCGAGAAACGACGCACUCGUAUGUUCUCCAAGAAAAUCCGGUACGAGGUGCGAAAGAUCUACGCCGAGAAUCGGCCACGGUUGAAAGGCCGGUUUGUAAGACGAACUAACGAGAUAGAGUCUCUCCAGUGCUUGUGGUCCGAGGAUCAAGUGAGGAACUAGAGAAAAAAUCUCCACUUUUUUCUGUCAAGCAAGAGAACGUUUUUACUAUAUAAGAGAGAUAUCUUAGUGAA